GAGUGCUGAAGUAGCUGAAAUGAGAAAAAGGCAACAGUCCCAAAAUGAAGGAACAUCGGCUGUGUCUCAAGCUCCUGGAAACCAAAGGGCCAACAACACGUGUUGCUUCUGCUGGUGCUGUUGUUGCAGCUGUUCAUGCCUCACUGUUAGGAAUGAAGAUAGAGGGGACAGCACAGGAAGACCGACACACAGUAGCAAACUGGAGAGCAUCCAGGUCAUUGAAGAGUGCCAAAAUCCCACCGCUGAUGAAAUUCUGUCUUGGGCUCAGAAUUUUGACAGGAUGAUGAAAACAGCAGCCGGUAGGAAUAUUUUCAGAGAAUUUCUUCGAACAGAGUAUAGCGAAGAGAACCUCCUAUUCUGGUUAGCAUGUGAAGACCUGAAAAAAGAACAGAACAAGGAUGCUAUUGAAGAAAAAGCCAGACUUAUAUACGAAGACUACAUCUCUAUACUAUCGCCAAAAGAGGUUAGCUUAGAUUCACGGGUGCGAGAAGUGAUCAACAGAAAUUUGUUGGACCCCAACUCUCAAAUGUAUGAAGAUGCUCAACUUCAAAUCUACACAUUAAUGCACAGAGACUCUUUCCCUAGGUUUUUGAACUCUCAGAUCUAUAAAUCUCUUCUCGAAAGUACAAGGAGCUCUACUUCUGAGACUUAAAAAAAUAAUUUGGGGGUUUGAAAUCUUGAUUUAGCUUUUGGGGAAAUGGGUGGGGUAAGGACUAUUAGGAUGAAGACAGACGUAACAUUUUUAAAGUGACAGGGCUGCUCUGGA